CAAAUCAAGUUCGCACGUUUGCCGCGAAAAGAGUCCGGAAAUAGAAAAACAGGUAAAACGUAAACAAGAGGGAGAGGAGCAGUUGGUACCGGGGGAGAGUAGCAGUUUUUACCGGGGGAGAGGAGCAGUUUUUCCCGGGGUAGAGGAGCAGUUUGUACCGGGGGAGUGGAGCAGUUGGUACCGGGGGAGAGGAGCAGUUGGUCCCGGGGGAGAGGAGCAGAUUGUCCCGGGGUGACUCUGUUGUGGGGCGAUAGCAGCUAGCUCAGUGUAGCUCACAUGCUAACACCGGCCAGUGGCUGCUAACAUCCCCGCUCCUCCGUCCUCUCUCUGCCCGCUGUGUAGUGACCCACAGCCCGGUCCUGACCUCAUGGAUCCUGGGGACCUGGACUCCAGCCUCCCGCAGCCCGACAACCCGUGUCUGAUCGUGGAGGACUCUCAGCCGGACAGCGUGGCCCUGGAGGACGAUCCCGAGAGCAGCUACCGAGCUCUGCUGGCCCGGCGCCUGUCCAACCUGCAGCCCAGCUCCCGGAGCCCGGUGCUGGAACUGAUCUCCUCACCUCUGGGAAGCAGAAGCUCUCAGACGGACUCCGAGAGCUCCCAGAGUAACAACCAGGCUGAACCUGGCAUUCUCACAACAAUCCAGCCGAGCUCAGUGGUCCAGGAGGAGAGUCAAGUUCUCCACACCUGCCCUCCUCCAAACAAGAAGAGUUCACCAGAGGAAGCAGAAAUGGAUUCUGGGGCUGAUUCCACCACUCACUGUCAACCUGAAGAGGAAACCUCUCAGCUUGGGUUUCUCGAGCUUUCACAGACCCAAGAUCUGUGCAGUGAAGCAGUGAACAGUCGGGGGGGAGACUGUGAGAGACGCGACCAAUUAGAGCAGAGCUCCACGACCUCAGCGACUCGGGACACAUCUGUGAGAUCUGAGGUGAGCUCCAGCAGCUCGUCAGACUCUGCGACUCCUUCGGGCCGGCAGCUCAGUGUCCAGGCUCUGCUGCACUCCGAGGGUCUCCAGGCCUCCUGUGAACAGAGGCAGCAGGACUGUGAGCUCCCGUCCUCCCAGGAAGACAUGUUCGAUGCUGACAAGACGGCUGCUGCAGUGGACAGCACAGUAUCUGAGCAGGAGCAGCAGGGCCACCCGACCCCGACCCCCUCCCACACCCUGCGACUGCUGCAUCUGUCUGGACAGGGAACACUGGUGCAGGAGAGUCUGUCCCAGAGCUCUGCUGAUUACGUUGCUCCGACUCCAGACAACUUCAGCCACACUCCUAUAAUGGUUCCCAGCUCACCGACUGGACCAGAGCAUGAACACGGUGCUGAUGAACCCAUGGAUACUUUGUUGCCCCCAGAAGAUCGAGCAGGGGAGAGGGAAGAACAGCCAAUGGAAACGGACACCACCUCUAAGCUCCACCCAUCCUCCUCCACGCCGGUAUCCCAGAAUUCCCCUGGUUUUGCGUUGGAUCGUACUCUCUCUUUACCCUCCCAGCCAGAGCUCUCUCAUGACGUGUUUGUUCCGACACCGAGUCUGGAGCCGCCUCGAGCGCCUGAGAAGAAGUCGACGCCUCAUGAGACAGAGUCUCAACAUCUGGAGUCGGCAGCGUUCACUUCUCCUCUGCAGCUGUGUGUGAACUCUCAGAGCAGCGGUCCUGCUCAGCAGACCUCAGCGCAGAUUGAGGACGACAGUCAGGCCACGCAGAUUGAGGAGUUUGAAGUGGCGCCCGCUGUCGACACCAGUGACCAGAGGAUCGCCCCCCCACUACCACAAACCACUUCUAAAGCUUCCACCUCUGCCCAAUCGCCAAAGUGUUACAACGAAUGUGCCAAGACUGAGUCGUCCAAUCAGUCGCAAAGUUCUGAAGUGCACAACCAGACAGCUUCUUUGAAUGUACACCAUGUGAAUGUAACAGACGGCAAAGACACGGCGUCCUGCUCUCAACCAAAGCUCGACUCCUCGGACGUGUCUGUUAGCAUCUGUGUGCAGGAGACUCCGUCAGAAACCCCCCCGCCCUGUAGCCUGCCUGCGCAGUCCGUCUCCUCUCAGACGUCUGCUGUGGAGGUUAGAGGAGGAACAACAAAGAGUCGCUCUGUACAACCAGUGUCGCAGACUGAGAGUGACAGGAUGGAUCAGGUGGAGGAGGUGGUGGAGGUGGUGGAGGAGGUGGAGGAGGAGAGUGCAAAGGGAGGCGGGGCUUCAGGAAUGGCUCUAGCUCUCUCUCAGAGUGAAGCGAUGACUCCUGAGCCGAUGGAGGACGAGCGUGAAGAGCAGGGAGGGGACAGCGUCAUCGUGGUGACCGACAGCGAGAGACACUCCCAGAGUCUGAAGAGCGACGCCACCAGCAGCUCUCAGCCAAUCAGAGUCAAUGUGUCCGCCUCCACCAACGGCCAUGAGUCCCAGAUGAAGAAGGUGAACGCGGCACUCGAUAGGUUGCCUCAGACGAAGAGGGCGGAGCCUCAACCAGAUGUGCUCAAAGACAAGAGCCUCAGUGACAGUUCGGGAGAGAUUUCCUUCCACUUCACACUUCCUAAAGAAGGGGAGCUGAUUGGUCCUGCAGCUGGAGCCACGCCUCCUCUAAUCAAUCAGCUGAAGCAGUCGCUGAGACACAGCACUCCCAUUGAGCUCUUUUCUGAGAAGUCGGACGAUGUGGGCGAUGUCUCUGGCGACGUGGCGAUGGCUGCCAGCGACCUUGUGUCAGGGGAAGGUGGCGAGGACAGGACGGACCCUGGAGACAGGAAGCUGAGCUUGAGGAUGAAGCUGGUGACCCCAGUUGAAGAAGGCAGCUCUGAGUCCUUCAGUCUGCAGAUAAUAUCUUUCUUUCCACCAGAGCCAGCGCUGCCAGACGAGGACGUGUCUGUCCUCAAGGUCGUCUCCAAGGCUGUGACCAGCAGCUCGUCGGUGUUCAGUCGAGUCCGGCAGGUCCACAGAGCGCAGGAGGACAACACACCUGUCAGGGCGGAGCUGUUCGCCUCGCCACAGAGAAGCUCCCAGGCUUCCUCGCUGGGAUGCAACAGCCAAUCACAAGCUCCACAACAGGAAGCAGCGCCGCAGCAGAACCCUGUAAAUACCCCCAUCCCUGCCGACCAAUCAGAGGAGAGGAGAGGACCACCCGACUCCUCAGAGCCCCCCACCCCAAACUGUCGAGAUGCCCGACUGAAGGCCAGCUCCCAGAAGAGCCUCGACAGCUCCGUCAGCUCCAGUCCAUUCCACAAGCGGAUGCCGCCCCGGCAGACCAGCUUCCAGGCAGAGGGGGUGCGCUCGCCAGCCGGCAGGGGGGAACCAGAGUUUCCAUCCUUCAGGAGAACCACAGGCCCCGCCCACUACAGACACGUGCGCACCACCCAGGAAGUGCGAACCACCAUCACACGGAUCAUCACAGAUGUUUAUUAUGAGGACGGUAAAGAGGUGGAUCGCAAAGUCUCUGAGGAGAGCGAGGAGCCGGUGGUGGACUCCCACGUGUUGGACAGCGACAUCUCUCCGUGCCGCACGGGCAGCAGCUCCAUGACCUCCGGUGACCUGGGGGACAUCAGCUCGCUGUCCUCCAAGGCCUCCAGCAGCAGCACCGGCUUCACCAGGCCGGACUUCAUCAUGCCGUCCAGCCGAGGGGGCAGAUCCUCCAGUCCCAGGAGGGGAGGUGGGUAUCAACAGAGGGGUCACAGGGGUCAAAGGGCAGGGUCAGUGGUCAUGAAGGACAGAGGCUAUGGCACCCUGGGGUCCCGGGCCUUCGUCCCACUGGCUCCCAGAGGCCGAGCGCGUAGGGGCCGUCCCCCGUCCCGCUCCUCGCUGUCCAGGGGAGGAGGCGUCAGCUCCCUGCAGAGACUCGGAGCUCAUGGCCCCCCCCCGUCCUCCUCAGAGGACGAGCCCUUCACCCGCAUGCUCCCCCCACGUCUCCCCGUCAGCCCCACGGACACCGAGCUCCCCAGCCGCUCCGACUCCCUCCGCUCGUCCCCAGAGGAGGCGAGCUCGGCCAGCAGCAGCUUCGUCGGCCUGAGGGUCGUGGCCAAGUGGUCGUCCAACGGCUACUUCUACUCAGGACGCAUCGUCAGAGACGCCGGGGAGGGGAGCUUCCGCCUGCGGUUCGACGACGGCUACGAGUGCGAGGUGGUGGGGAGGGACAUCCUGCUGUGUGAUCCCAUCCCCCUGGAGACAGAGGUCACCGCUCUGCUCGAGGAUGAGUACUUCAGCAUAGGUGUUGUCCGGGGCCAUAAGUCCGAGGGCCAGGAGCUGCUGUACAGCGUGGAGCGGGACGGACAGAGACAGUGGUACAACCGGACCUCGGUCAUCCUGUCGCUGGAGCAGGGAAACCGGCUGAGGGAGCAGCACAGCCUGGGACCCUACGAGCCGUCCACUCCUCUGGCCAAGGCCUCGGACAUCAGCCUGGAUAACCUGGUGGAUGGGAAGAGGAGGCGCAGAGUGACCCCUGGAGGUCAGGACACUCCCAACCGCAGCCCCUGCACCCCCGGCCCCUCCGGCAAGAGGAAGCUGAGGACGACCUCUGAGGACGACAGGUCGCCGGCCAAGAGAGGCCGCAAGGGUCCGGGCCUCAGAGCCGCUCAGCGGGUUGGAGUGUGUAACACCUCCGGCAGCGGCACAGACCCCCCCGGCCGGUCGGCCGACGCGUCGGAGGCUCAGGGGCCGCUGCCUCAGAACGCGUCUCUCUUCAUGGGCUUCGCCUUCAUGCUGACGGCGUCGUCAGAGAGCGACCGACUGACCAACCAGCUCACUGAGGAGGAGGAAGAUCCCACUCAGACCAGUCCGUUCAACAAGGCGUACACAGAGUCCCAGCUGCAGGCGGGCGGCGGCUUCAUCCUGCCCGACUUCAACGAGGAGCAGUGUAAGGCGGCCUAUCAGAGCCUGCUCAUCGCCGACCAGCACUGCCGCACCAGGAAGUACCUGCUGUGCUUGGCGAGCGGCGUGCCCUGCGUGUCACAUGUUUGGGUUCGCGACUGCUGCAAAGAGGACAAGCUGCUGAACUACAGGAACUACCUGCUGCCGGCCGGGGUGGGGCCGGACGACACCGUGGUGGAAUGGCAUCCUCGCUGCAGCCCCUUCAGAUCCCUGCGCCUCCUCCUGGUGUUCGAGGAGCCGGCGGAGCUCUGGGCUCAGCUGAUCACGAUGGGCGGAGCCUCGUCAGUCCGACAGCUCCAGGGGGACAAAGAGGAUUCAGACGUUCCUGCUGGAAAGUAUGACGCGGUGGUGACAGACCACGCCUGUCCACCAUUGGUGGAGAAGAGUGUGACAUCACAGGACGUCCCGAUGGUGUCCCCUGAAUGGCUGAUCCAGAGUCUGAUCAGCGGCGAGCGUCUGGGCUUCCACAGCAAGCCUCAGUAUCGCCACGACUACUCGUCAUAAUCACCUCGUGUUCAGUAUCUUGUGUCGCAUGCUCUGUAUAGAACCGUCUGUUUUUAUGGAUAAUAAUAAACUGUGACUCUGCUUCA